AUGGUACUUGCAAGAGUGUUCCUUACGCUUAUAGUUGGUAUAUGGGGGAAAAAUGCACAAAGUGCUUAUUAUCGCUCAGGAGACAUUAAAAAGAGAGCUGAAUUAAGCAAAUACCAUGGAAUAGACGAUAUAUAUAACAAAGUGUAUAUGGCUGGUCUUAGCUCAGGAAAAACUGGCACGAAUAAGAACCUACUAGGUGACAAGCUAAAUGAAAAGAGACCUUUCAAAGCAGAAAAUACUCCAAAUAAUCCAAAUAACCCGGAUGCAAAGAAAUACACCUACGAAGAGAAGAAGCAGGAGCUGAUUGAGGUAUUGACAAAAAUAGUAAACUAUAUUUUCCAUGGGGGAGUACCAGAAAAAAUAAAAACGGCAGUUUCAAUCAAACCUGAAGAGAAGAUAUUUGAGAUCAUAGACAAGGCGUAUAUCCCAUGGGCCCUGACUGCUAUGUUUAUUGUUGGUUGCAAUAUGGCCAUAUACGGCAUACAGUACAAGAAUAUACAUGCAUUUUCCCUUGUGUGGUACUAUCUCUUCAGAGCCGUGCACGUGAAUAUAUCGAUGCCUGCGUACAACUUUCUACUAAAUAGGUUUAUUUCUGGAUUUGUGCCAGAAAUGCUCUUGGAAUAUAUUCAAACACAGACAGGACAGCUAGUCCUUUCAGCCACUAUAUGUUUAGCUCUUUCUGUUCUUGCGUGCUGGGUUGUGAGUCUGUGGUUUCGUGUGGUAGCCAUGGGGAGCGUACUACUCAUAAGCACAUGUCUUGUGAAGAGUGCUGAUGUAAUGCCAAUCCGUCUGGAUAGAUUGCUGCUUUUGAUUGUCUGCCUGAUUGUGCUUGUCCUGGCUCUGUACAAGUUCAUGCACAAGAACAUUGAAAAUUACAUAUUUAUCUGUCUGUUUGGGUUUUUCAGCUCCUUGCUUAUAUUUCUGCCUCUUUCUGAGUUUUUGGAGCUUGGAAUGGCAAUUCCACCAAUUCUGCUGAACUACAAUACAGACAUUCGGACAAGUGAUAUUUCCCUUACUUCUGAGUAUAUUGCUAUAGGGCUUCUAAUGGCCUCUACAAUAAUCAUGCAAAUAUGCACAAGAAGAAAAAAGGGCUAG